AUGUCUGAUUACAAAAAAACUAUUGAUUCUCAAUUUAAACAAUUUGAUUCGAAAUAUGCUAAAAAUAAAUAUUUGCAACAAUUAGAAGAAAGAACUAAUAUACCAAAAUCCUAUUUGGUUGCUGGUUUGGCUGGUAUUUAUAUUUUUAUGAUAUUUAUCAACCCAGGUGGGAUUGGAGGAAUGUUAUCCAACUUCAGCGGGUUUGUUUUGCCAGCUUAUUACUCUUUAGUGGCAUUGAAGACUCCUGGUGGCCGCGAUGACUCUUUGUUAUUAAUCUAUUGGGUUAUCUUUUCAUUCUUCAGUGUUAUUGAGUUUUGGUCCAGUUGUUUGUUGAAAGUUAUACCUUUCUACUGGCUACUGAAAACUGCCUUUUUAUUUUAUAUUGCUGUUCCAUCAACUGGGGGUGCUAGAAUUAUAUACGCAAAAGUCAUUGACCCAGCCACUUCUAGAUUCCUUGAAAAUACUUCUAAAACUAACAGUGUUUCUGCUUCUGCUUCAAACGCUGCCCACUCUGCUGCUAGUAAGGUUACUUCUGCUGGUUCUCACAUUGGUGCGGCUGCUUCCUCAAUGAAGAAACCAGAUGGAAUCUCUGCUGUCAAAAGUGCAGCUGUUUCUGCCACUAACAAGACUUCGGAUGGUUUUGCUGCUGCUGCUCAAAAAGCCACAGAUGUUUAUGAUCAAGCCAAAUCCAAGUCUUCCGGUCUAGGCGAUGCUAUUACAAGCGGUAUUUCUUCUCAUUCAUGA